GGCGAUUCUGUGUGACGUCACGAGGCCGGCCGUGACGAGCCGGCGGCGCUGGGAGCGGGCCGGGACCGCGCUCGCCGCCCGCCCCUCGCACUACGGGUCGCGGCUGGGGCCGCCCCGGUGGCGGGGACGCGGCCGCCCCCGGCCCCGCCCUCGCCUCGCCGCUCCGGCCCAAGAUGGCGGCGCUGAGCAGCGGCGGCAGCGCCGAGGGGGCCUCGCUCUUCAACGGGGACAUGGAGCCCGAGCCGCCCGCGCUCGGCGCCGGCUACGCGGGAGGCGGCAGCGGCGACCCGGCCAUCCCGGAGGAGGUUUGGAACAUCAAACAGAUGAUUAAAUUGACACAAGAACAUAUAGAAGCACUGCUAGACAAAUUUGGAGGAGAGCAUAACCCACCUUCAAUAUAUUUAGAGGCCUAUGAAGAGUACACCAGCAAGCUUGAUGCUCUACAGCAGAGAGAACAGCAGUUACUGGAAUCCAUGGGGAAUGGAACUGAUUUCUCUGUUUCCAGUUCAGCUUCAACAGACACAGUUGCAUCAUCUUCCUCCUCUAGCCUCUCUGUAGCACCUUCAUCCCUUUCAGUGUAUCAAAACCCUGCUGAUAUGUCACGGAAUAACCCUAAGUCUCCACAGAAGCCCAUCGUUAGAGUCUUCCUGCCCAACAAGCAAAGGACUGUGGUUCCAGCAAGAUGUGGAGUGACAGUGCGAGACAGCCUAAAAAAAGCGCUGAUGAUGAGAGGUCUUAUUCCAGAAUGCUGUGCUGUUUACAGAAUACAAGAUGGAGAGAAGAAGCCGAUUGGCUGGGACACAGACAUUUCCUGGCUCACAGGAGAGGAGUUGCAUGUGGAAGUUUUGGAGAAUGUGCCACUCACAACACACAAUUUCGUACGGAAAACGUUCUUCACGUUAGCAUUCUGCGAUUUCUGUCGGAAGCUGCUUUUCCAGGGGUUCCGCUGCCAGACUUGUGGCUACAAAUUUCACCAGCGCUGUAGCACAGAAGUGCCACUGAUGUGUGUUAAUUAUGACCAACUUGAUUUGCUGUUUGUCUCCAAGUUCUUUGAACAUCACCCCAUACCACCGGAGGAGGCCUCCUUAGGAGAGACCACCCCAGCAUCUGGAUCAUACCCCUCAGUGCCCCCCUCAGAUUCAGUUGGACCACCAAUUCUCCCUAGUCCUUCUCCUUCAAAAUCCAUUCCAAUCCCACAGCCCCUCCGACCAGCAGAUGAAGACCAUCGGAAUCAAUUUGGGCAACGCGACCGAUCCUCUUCAGCUCCCAAUGUUCACAUCAAUACAAUCGAGCCAGUCAAUAUUGAUGACUUGAUUAGAGACCAGAGUUUACGAGGAGAGGGAGGCUCAGCUGCAGGCUUGUCUGCAACACCUCCUGCUUCUUUGCCCGGGUCACUAACCAAUGUGAAAGCGUUACAGAAAUCACCAGGACCCCAACGGGAAAGGAAAUCAUCCUCAUCCUCAGAAGACAGAAAUCGAAUGAAAACUCUUGGUCGACGGGAUUCAAGUGAUGAUUGGGAGAUACCAGAUGGACAGAUCACAGUUGGACAAAGGAUAGGGUCUGGAUCAUUUGGAACAGUCUACAAAGGAAAGUGGCAUGGUGAUGUGGCAGUGAAAAUGUUGAAUGUUACGGCACCCACACCUCAACAGUUACAGGCUUUCAAAAAUGAAGUAGGAGUGCUCAGGAAAACACGACAUGUGAAUAUCUUGCUUUUCAUGGGUUAUUCAACAAAACCCCAGUUGGCUAUUGUUACACAGUGGUGUGAAGGGUCCAGUUUGUAUCACCAUCUACACAUCAUUGAGACCAAAUUUGAAAUGAUCAAACUAAUUGAUAUUGCACGACAGACUGCACAAGGCAUGGAUUAUUUGCAUGCCAAGUCAAUCAUCCACAGAGACCUCAAGAGUAAUAAUAUUUUUCUUCAUGAAGACCUCACAGUAAAAAUAGGUGAUUUUGGUCUAGCUACAGUGAAAUCACGAUGGAGUGGAUCCCAACAGUUUGAACAGUUGUCUGGUUCCAUUCUAUGGAUGGCACCAGAAGUUAUUCGGAUGCAAGAUAAAAACCCAUAUAGUUUUCAGUCAGAUGUGUAUGCAUUUGGGAUUGUUCUCUAUGAAUUGAUGACUGGACAAUUGCCAUACUCCAACAUCAACAACAGGGACCAGAUAAUUUUCAUGGUGGGACGAGGAUACCUAUCUCCAGACCUCAGCAAAGUACGGAGCAACUGUCCCAAAGCUAUGAAGAGACUAAUGGCAGAAUGCUUAAAAAAGAAAAGAGAUGAGAGACCCCUUUUUCCACAGAUUCUUGCCUCCAUUGAGCUUCUGGCCCGGUCAUUGCCAAAAAUUCACCGCAGUGCAUCUGAGCCCUCGUUGAACCGGGCUGGCUUCCAGACAGAGGAUUUUAGUCUAUAUGCUUGUGCUUCUCCAAAAACACCCAUCCAAGCAGGGGGAUACGGAGAAUUUGCAGCGUUCAAGUAGCCACAGCACCACGGCAGCACCCACUCUGUUAUUUAAGUCUUGUGUUCCUACAGUUUCUUAACAUCAGAACCCCAUUCUGCUCCACAAAACCUAAAGUAAUUUAGAAAAGAUAUCCAUAGGCUUAAAUUGGAGCAGAAUGGAACCACCAGUCCAACACAAUGGGAAAAAGUACCUUUUUGGGAACCAGAGUCCUCUGCUGCCAGUGUUUCUCCUUCAACACAAACCACCACGUGCAUUCGGAGACCUGCAGUGGCUGCCUGUGCCGUUGGCAUCACUCCCAGCAGAGAGGAGAGGGCGCUCAUGGUGUGCCUGUGGUGCUCGGGCGCGAGGGGAUGGAGCUGCUGCUGCUGACCUUAGGAGACUUGCUUUGGAUGGGCUGCCGGCCGCCUUUCUCCCUCUAACAGCGUAACCAUCAGAGGCUGAAUGUCUGAUGAGUGCUAAUUUCAAAGAAUCAUUUUCCAUUCUGAUCCUUUUUUUUUCCUGGUGUACUUACUGAUUUACGGACAACGCAGUAUCCCCUUUUCGCUGUAUUACAGUGUCAAACACCUCAAUCUGUCUGUAUUGCUGGGGUUUAUUCCUUUAAAAUUAAAAGUGUGGGGCAGUGGGAGCUGGAGAUGUUAUUCUGAAGGCAGAGAGGUUCAUCUGAAGGAAAAGGGGAUGCUGCCACACCUUUUUUUCAGAUUUACUUUACCACUUCUUAAAAAGAACAAGCAACAACCACCAUCCUUAACCUUUUUCCUUUUCCAGUAUUUCCUUGGCGUGUGCAUACACAGCAUCUUUUUGAAGGAUUAGGUUGAUCCUUCUUUUGUUGGUCCAGCAACAAACUGAAGUUUAAAAAAAAUGUAGCAAGAUUGUCCUCUUUUAUUUUUUUUGUAUCACAUGAUACAAUGUAUUUAUCAAAGAUGCUACUGCAGCAUCUAAAGUCUGUAGACAUCCUGAUACAGACUGUGAAUGGUGUAUGUACCUACUUUAAAAGUUUUAUUUUAAACGAGGGUGCAGGUUAAUGCCAGGUACCUUACCAAUAUGUAAUGUUUUCAUAAAUGAGGAAAAAAGUUCUCAGGUUGAAUUGAAUUCAAAUACAAUCUCCCCCUAGAAUUAGACAUUCCAAAAAUUAUGUUUUGGUACUUUCAAGAGCUUUUUUUAAAGGAUUUUUAUCCUGUUAACUAAACGUCCUCUGAUAAGUGUGUGUGUAAAUGUGUAGCAUCUUGUCCUAACGGCAAGUUGUUAGAUCAAAACAAAACGGUACUUGCUGGAUCCACGCUGACUACUCCUCCUCUCAUUGCUUUCCUCCCUGUCAGCUCUUCCCUUCUGCUUGUCUUUCCCUUCUGUACACUUUGCAAACUAGGACAAAGGUGGCGGUGUCUCCAUUAGAGUGCUUUGUUUUCCUGUCCUCCAGUCCUGGUUUUCAAAUGGUUAGUAGCUUUUUGAAAAGUUACCCAGUCAGGGAAAACAACAACUCAUAGAGUUCUGCACAUCAUUUACCUCUAGUAGAAUAUCUCGUGAUGUGAUCUGCUUGCAGAGUUCUCUGGUAUGUGGUAUUACCUGUAAAUUGUUUGUACAAAGGCAAGGCAGACCACAUUGGAAAGAAACUCAAGCUCAGACAGAAGUUUCCAGAAUUUGAUUCAUAUUAGCCCUGUGCCACUCCAGGUGAGGCAGGAGAACUGACCCCCCUCUAGCAGAGAGGUUCUUGCUGGGAGGAGGGGGGGAGUUUUUAACGAAAUCAUGACAAAUAAAUGAAGGAGUUAAAUGUGUGUGAAUGUGGUGUCCAUGCUAAACAUGGAUAUACCGAGUGAAGGUGCUGUCCUUCCCUCCCUAGGGGAAGGGGACUGUUCCUGUCUGCAGAAGAUUGCUCCCAGAUGAAGGGAGAAAAGCACAUUGGAAGUAGAAGGUGUUUUUAAUACCCUGGAAUUUUGCUGUGUUGCUGGUAGUCUGUUACGUUUGUCAGUAAAUAUUUACUGGGGCUAUAGGGACCUGACUGAUCUGAAGUGGGAAUUAAAACUGAAAUACUGUGUAUUCAUAUUAAUUCCACAAACAUUAGCAAGAUAGCAAUAGUGAAUGACUUAAUAGUCACUACAAGAAUGAAGUGAUUCAUGUUGGUACAUGAACAGAAUUGAUUUUGUGUAUGGGACACAUUUUAAAAAAGAAGGAAAAAAAAAAAAAGCACAAUUUUUUUUCUUGUCUGCUGUGGGUCUUCAGAUGCUGUAAGGUUUUUACCUUAAUGAGGUUGGCAGGAAUUUAAACAGUAGCAAUAGCCACUUUCCAGUGUGGAGAAGCUGAUGCAGAGCAGUGGUAGCAGAUGGUGUAGUUGGAGUGCUCCCUGGUGAUCAUCUGAGGCCCGUACCUGAGAGGUGGAGGGAGCCUGGGGCCAUGGUGGCAGCAGGCAGGUGAGAGCAUUUACCAGAUACAGGCUCCCAGGGGGAAAGGAGUCCCUGCUUCUCCUUUCACCCCAUGAUUGGCUCCAGCCCCUUUAUGGGCUGUGGUCCUAUUUGUACAUGUCAGGGAUACUGAGGUCAAGGUUCUCUCAAAAGAAGCUGUUAACAAAGCAAGUAUGGACAGGUGGUUCAACACUCAUUUGUUUCACACAGCUUGCUAAAAGCUCUUGUUUCCUUCCAUAAAGUCAUGCUGGCAGAAAAUUCUGUUAGGAACUUCAUUCUAUAUUUGCUUAAAAAGAACUUACUUUGGUGAAGAUUCAUUACCCAUUAGUCUACAAUAUGCUUCUUGAGCCCAUAGGAAAAGCACAAGGAAAAUUGCUAUCCUUGUCCAUGCAAAGCACUUUAUAAGUAACACAUGAUCUCUGGGGUUUUUUUUUACUGGGGUUUGUUUGUUUGUAGUUUUGUUUUUCUUUUUUUAUUUCUGGUUUUGGUUGUUUGUUUUUUUUUCCCUGAGGAAUGUGCAAGUUAUUUGGCUGCUGUUUAGAGAAGUCCUUUCAGGAUGCAUUUCUACUGGUUUUCUUGUUUGUUUCCCUCCAGAUAGCUGUAGUAAUGUGUGUUUGUCUGUAAGAGUUCCCAGGUAAUGCUCAUGCAAAACUUUGAAAGAAAUGUAGUUUGUAAAUAAUUGGGAUUAUUUUUGGUUUUAUCUUUUACUUCAGGAGUUUUUCUGGAUGUCUUGCAUGCCAUCAGAACCAGUCUUAAAGAUGCCCUGUAGAUAUUUAGAAUAUGGAGAAUCAAGAAUAGAUGAGAAAGGAGUACUCUCUGUAGCAGUGGGACGAAGGAAGUAAACUGAAAUGACCAAUACAUUCAUGCCUGUUACCCUAAAUUCCUUAAGCUCCUUCAUGGUGUCCCAACCACGGGCACAUGCCAUAGUAUGGAAAUGUGAGUACAUCCUUCAUGUGCACAUGUUGGGACAAACACCUAGAGAGUCAUUCUGCUUCUUUUAGCUCUAUAGUAUCUUGUAUUUCAUAAUCAUUUGCAGAAGUACCAGUAUCCAGUCCCAGCUAUUCAUGUCUCUAUCAACCAGGCACAGACCUUCUCCUCUGCCUUUCCUUUUUCAUACAGGUGACAGAGGUCUGUUACCUGUUAAACCUUCCUGCUCAGUAUGUGAUUGUUUUCUCUGGCAUAUUUGCCAGAACUGCAGCAUUGUGGUGGAGCUCAAACCAAAUGGCAGGGAUAUAGAGGCCAGGUUACUUUGAAAGUAAUUGCUGUGUCAGUUAAGCCCUACAUAGCCCCAGAUACAAUUAGCCCAGUCAUUUCUUUUUUUUUUUUUUUCUAAACUCAUUAGAAAAUUUCAUUUCUAAUCAUUAGAUUAAUCCACUUCUGCUUUUUAUGCUUACCCAAAAUCAGCUUUUCUUGUACUUGAAUGCUCUAGCAGCUGAUAAUGAUGCAGAAUGUUUGAGAACAAAUACAGUCAUUUUACCAUGGUGUCUUAGCAUCACUUGGAUUAGUAUGUGCUCCUUGGAGGCAGAAUUUGGCCUUUGUGACAUAAAAUGAGUGAAGUUCUGAUUGUUGAUAAAUACCAUGUAUUUCCAUAAAUGCCCAGACUGGGGGAAAAGUACCCUGAAAAUCACACAUAAAUAGUUUUUCUUCUGUGUUUGCCUGGGGGUGUAAAUGCAUCCAGCAUUUUACAGAAGGCUGAGGGAAGACAGAUCCCCAGAUACCUCACAAACAAGUACGGAUUGAAGCUUUGAUAUCUGCAGAGUCUAAAUUUAGGGAAGAAGCAUGUAAACAUUUCACGCUUCUGCAGCCUCUAGAAUUCAUUCCCUUCUUGACUGUGAGUGCAGCAUUUGUAGCACCAACUCUUCAUAGUACUGUAGACAUGUCCUCUGUUGAUAAAAUGUAUCACCGGUAGCACAGUGGGACAGGCAAAGCUUCCAGGUACAGUCAAGUUAAAAAGCAGCUGCAUGAGUGGACUCUUAAGGCAUCACUCUGAAGAUGCUGAGUGUUCUGGUUUUCUGUGAUGCAUUUUACGUAGAAGUUUAUGAAACAAACUUUGUUUACUGCAGCCUUGUUACUGUGCAUUUGCACUUGGUGUUUGUUUUGGCAUGCAUUUGAAAGGCCUGUCUUCACUGCUUCAUUACUUCAUACCAACUUCAUGCCCACCAUAUGAUGUUUAGCCAGGGCAAGUACUGAAUUCUGCACCUGAGGUGGGUAACCCUGGCUGUGUGUAUAGACUGGGGGAUGAGAGGCUGGAGAGCACAAAGGGACCCGGGGGUCCUGGUUGAUGGCAAGUUGAACACAAGCCAGCAGUGCCCUGGCAGCCAGGAGGGCCAACCCUGUCCUGGGGGCAUCAGGCACAGCAUGGCCAGGUGGGCAAGGGAGGGGAUUGUCCUGCUGUGCUCUGGGCUGGGACCUCGGCCUCACCUCGAGUGCUGGGGUGCCACAGUGUAAGAAAUACUAUUGCUAUUAGACUAUUACUAAUGAACUAUUAGAAAGUGUCCAGAGGAGGGCCAUGAGGAUGGUGGAGGGGAAGCCAUAUGAGGAGCAACUCGUGGUGUGCUCAGCCUGCAGGAGACUGAGGCGAAACUCACUGCAGUUACUACUUCCUCAUGAGGGGAAGAGGAGGGGCCAGCACUGAUCUCUUUUCUGUGGUGACCAAUGACAGGGCCCAAAGGAAUGGCCUGAAGUUGCAUCAGGGGAUGUUUAGAUGGAAUAUCAGGAAAAGGUUCUUCAUCCAGGAGGUGGUCAGACACUGGAACAGGCUGCUCAGGGCAGUGGUCACAGCACCAAACCUGACAGAGUUCAAGAAGCCUUUGGACAAUGCUCUCAGGCACAUGGGGUGAUUCUUGGGGUGUCCCGUGCAGGGCCAGGAGUUGGACUUUGAUGACGUUGUGGGUCCCUUCCAACUCAGCAUAUUCUAUGAUGCUGUGAUUCUUACCUUACAAAUUAUCAGAA